GUAGCAACUCUGUGCUGGGCUUUCACACAAAACCUACAUCCGGUCACAGCUUUUGGAAAAAAAACCGUUGAAAAAGAAAAAUUGCAAGAUUUAUUUUAUGGAAAAAUAAAAGACUAUUAAGCAUGAGCCGCCGACGAGAAUUACGGAUGGAAGGAUGCUUUCCUCAGAAAGAUUCUGUUGCGAAGACAGCCAAGCCACAAUACAGUUUCCCCAUAGCUUGCGACGACAGGGAACGCUACCCAAAACGUUCUUCCCCGAUACUUAGUCGACAUGAACUACAAUGUGUACACCCGGAACUCGGCAAAUUUGUAAAGAACACUAAUGUGACUACGAAGAGCGUCUCGCCCAAGUCAAAGGACAAAAAUAUAAGGUCAAAGGACGUCGCCCAAAGCGACGACAGGGAACGCUACCCAAAGUGUUCUGCUCCGAUACUUAGUCGUCAUGAUCUACGCUGUGUACACCCGGAACUCGGCAAAUUUUUAAAGGACACUAAUGUGACUACGAAGAGCGUCUCGGCCAAGCCAAAGGACAAACAUAAUAUCUCGCUGCCUGAGGAAAAGAACAUCGCAUGCAACGACAGGGAACGCUACCCGAAACGUUCUACGCCGAUACUUUAUGAUAGUCGUCAAGAUCCAAGCUGUGGACGCCCGGAACUCGCCAAAUUUGUAAAGGACACUAAUGAGACUAUGAAGAGCGUCUCGCCCAAGCCAAGGGACAAAUAUCAAAGGUCAAAGGACGUCGUCCAAGGCGACGAGAGGGAACGCUACCCAAAGCGUUCUGCUCCGAUACUUAGUCGGCAUGAUCUACAAUGUGUGCGCCCGGAACUCGCCAAAUGUGUAAAGGACACUAAGGUGACUACUAAGAGCGUCUCGCCCAAGCCAAAGGACAAAAAAAACACCUCGCUCCCUGAAAAAGAGAAGAUCUCAAAGGUAAACAGUACCCACAAGGACACUCCGAAAUUCGAAGAUAUACGAUAUCCACAGAACAAGUACCUAUGGACCCGCUUGGUUUGCUCCAAGGAUGGAUACCGGAAAUAUGAAGUAUAUAAAGAAAGCAGCGCUGAAAACGUGCCAAUUUCAGAACAGACUCCAGUGAUUGUGUUACUACUGCUUCCUAACGCGUUUCUAAUGCCUUUUACGACAAUGCUAGACGUAAAGAAAAAAAAGCUUCAAUAAUUUGUUUACCUAUUCGUA